GCUAUUCCCAUCCUAGCUGCCACCUCUCCCCCCAUCCUACCUUACGCCCCUCUACCCCUCCCCCAAGAAGUAAGGGACUGGAAGACAACAGAGAGCUAUGGAAGGGCGCGCAGCAAGAGGGAAAAGACAGGAGAAGGAGACACCCCUGUGCUGCUUGAGUAUUAGUCAGAGAGGUACAAAGCCAGGGGACCGGCUGCAGCCUCAUGGGAUUGUCCUGUCCUGAAAAGAUAACAGCAGCUGUAGGAGCACACAAGGGGGCAAAUGAUCAAUCAAUGAUCUGCGCUAACUCUGAAGAGCUAUCCUGCAGCCUGUGUUAUGCAGCAUUUCUUGACAGCUUCUAAGGGAAAGGAAAGAUGAACACAGAGGAUGUUGGGAAUGAGACCUCUCCAACACCUAGUAUCCUUGGAUUCCUUGUAACCACCACCAAGUUGGUCCCACUAAGUCCCAUGCGCCCAGGGGAGAAGCCAGACCCUUUGCCUAUUAUCAUCGCACUCAUCUGCAUCUUUCUCCUCCUGGCUACCUGUCUCAUCUUCAUCACUCUCUGCAAACCAGCAGCACUCGACCAGGCCCGCUAUAGGCCACACGAGUGCAUGCCCUACCACCCAGAGGAUGCCAGUGAACCACAACUAAGGUUCUGGAAGCGACUGGGCUCCCUAAGGCGUUCCAUAAACAGCUUCAGGCGGACCCAGCCUGUCUCCCAGUGCCAUCGGACCUGCUCAAGGAUGCCACCAGCCACCCAGGACUGGGACUUCAUGGAAUCCACUAAAAUGUGACAGCUGUUUCUCCACCGUUUUGCUGCAAAAAACAACUCACCUCAUUGCACAAACACCCCAUUCACCGCUGUCAAUGAGAUCUCAAAUCAUCCAAUACCACUUUGCUGAGCACAGUGUCAGGACAGAGACCUUGGGAGAGCAGAGUGGCAGCGAUUCCUGUACCUACGGAAAUCUCUAAAGGAGUUCCACAGCCCACAAUGUGGGAGCAUGACGUUUGUAAAGACGGGCUGAGGGAACCAGAUUACACCAAUGUGGCACUAUUUCUUGGGGCCCUACAAUCUGGAAUUAACCAGCAGUGAGUGACAUAAGACCAGCAACCUCUGCUAGGGAAAGCAUUUGACAGAAGGCAUCACUAAUUCUAAAGCUCCUUGGAAAGUGUCUCCCUGGGGCUAAGAUGUCUAUUUCUCCAAGUUUGGUAGUUUGAAGUUUUUCCUCCAUCUCUUUUACUAUAAAGACCAAGGGGUGCCCACGCUGAUAUUAAAAUAUUUGCCUUCUCUUCACAAACAGAAGCAUUAGAAUAUGUCUACACAUAAACCACAACAGUGACACAGCUGCACCUCUGCAGUUGCAUUCCUAUAGGGAUUCAGUGAAGACACUACCUACAACAACGGGAGGGGCUCUCCCAUUAGUGUAGGUACUAUGCCUCCCAGAGUGGCAGUAGGUAGGUCGACUGGAGAAUUCUCCCAUUGACCCAGUGCCGUCUAGGGUCAGGGGGUACAUCGGUUUAACUGUGUCACUCAGGGGUAUGGAUUGUUCACACCCCUGAGCAACAUAGUUAUACCAACCUAAUUUCCUAGUGUAGACCAGGCCUUAGCCAUUACAGCUCUUAAUUCAUGGAGAAUAGAAGCUCUCAUAGGUUUUGCCAAAGUCAGAUAAAAGACCCCAAACGCAGCUGUUUUACGUAUGAAGAAGCACAUGGUAUCUGUAGGUGUGGGGCCAUGGCUAAGUGGCCGUGUUCAGUUCACUGUAUAUACCCUGAGCCAGUAUAGGUGGAAGGAAGCAGACCCAGUGCAAGGCACUGUAUUGAAUUUGCAAGGAGGUGAUGGGAGGAAGUGUCUUGCAGGUGUUGCGUUCAGACCAGAUCUCCCUUCAAACAUUCAGCAAUGGCUGAUUCAGGAGUGGCAUUUGGGCUGCCACCAUUUUAAAGUUUGUUCUCUGGGACAAACAGGUCAUGGCCUGAUGCUGAGCCAUAGUGUCACAUCCCCUCACCUCCACCAACGCCACUACGCAAUGCUAUGAUACAUCACUGCCACCUUGGGUAACAACAUAACAUGCUGAUGUUAUGUCAGUCUGGAUGUUUUCUAGGAAUCUUCAGUCUUCCUUCAAUCUUCACUUGCAACACGUGUGCCAUUUUAAAACAAGGACAUACAAGCUGGGCUCCAAAGGGUGCUGUUUGAUCUCCUUUUGUGGUGGAGGGCCCCUGAGCUUUGUGAGGGAGAAGACAAAGAAGGGAAAAAACUAGUGGGGACACUGGAUCCCUCUCUAGGUCACAGAGAAUAGAGAGCUCAUUUUCCCCCCACUCCAAUGCACCAAAUUAAAACAUUUUCUUGAGGGCUCACUUAUUUGCACCAUCUGCUUUAAGCACUAGCCUUUAAUACUAGUAAGGAAAGUGAAAUAAAUGCUAUUCUAAGCAUUCCUGCUGGAGGCCUUGAGAAUUUCUAACACUGGGGUCCGUGGGAUCUUUGUCUUUUAACCACUAAAAAUGCCCCUUUCUGGGACACAGUGAGAAAUGGAACUUGAGGAUGGGUGGAAGAGGAUGUGAAAUUGUGUUACUUCAGUUUUAAUAUGUGUCUUGAAUAUUGCAACUAAAAUAUUCAGGGUUCCUGUUUCCUGGCCUAAAAGGGGUAGGUCCAAAUGACACCCACAGGAAGAUUUCACAGAUAGCUCAGAAGGUGCUGCUUGGUUUCUUUUGAAGAACGUUGGGUAAGUCAUGUAACAUCUGUAACAAAUGACUUGGGCAAGAGAGCAACAAUCUCACUGGCUAACAAACACCACGUCUAAGAUGAGUGACCCAGAGUAAAGCUAUUACAGAAGUGUAUUCCUUUUAAGCAGAUGUAUUCCUUUACAUUUUUUAUUUUAUUUUACAUUUUCGUGCCCUUGUAAGCUUAUUCUUUUAGCUGGUUUAUUCUGGAACUGGGGCCUCAUUAUAAUUCUGUAAGGAUUUGGAGUUUGUGCAUGGAAAAUGUCUUCUCUCAGCUGGCCUAUUCCUAAGCAGGUGUGUGCUAAAUAAGCUCGACUGCACUCACUCUCUGUUCACCAUGUAAUGUCUAUGUACUCAUCCCAGUGAUAUAAUCCGUAGGUUGUUAUACGUUUCUAUGUAAUCAUGGACUCCACAAAUCUCUACUGAAAAACCACUUCAAUAAAUAAGCAGCAGGAUCAGGUAAA